AUGUUCAUCCCCAGCGAUUUCGACGCCGCCGACGUAUCCUCCUCCAAGGCGGCUCUAAUUCCAGUCGUCUCUCCGUCGCUUACCACAAUCGUUCCUCAGUGUCUUUCUGCCAACGAUCUCCGUCUCAUGAAUCUUCUCUCUCGUCUUCCAACACUCCUCCGCGGAAACACAAUCAUCGUCACGAACAACUCUGCUUCCUAUUUUACACUCGACGGAGUUCUCGUCUCCGAACCAGAUCUCUUCCUCUCUUCCUCCAUAGCCAUUCACGGUGUUGAUUCGUCUCUCGAUUUCGGCGAUGACGGAAACGGCGAUACAACAUUAGCCGAUAGUCUCCGUCCUUGGUCUCAUCGUAAUCGUAUUCGUUAUCGUCCUGAAGAAUCCAUAUCAAAGAUCCAGAAGCUGCUAUUCUUAGUAGAGAUGCUUUGGCUAAAGUUAUGUCCUCAAGGUUGUUUGACUGGCUUGUUGACAAGAUUAAUAGCUCAAUUGGUCAACAUCCUGACUCGAACUACUUGA